AUGGCUUUCCUGCGUAUUUGCGCGGAGUGGAGAAACCGGACCAGGACACGGCCGUCGCUUCUUCUUCCUCUUCUUCCUCUCCUUCUUCACCUCCUUUGCUUUGUCACGCCGGGCACAAGCGCGCUCCGGGGCGACGCAGCGGAAUCUCGCCAGGACGCAUCAGCCCUGCUCCGAUCUCUCAAUUUACCUCCACACACAGAAUAUGAGAUUGUGUCUCCCUAUGAGGUCAACCACCACGGCGUUUACAUCUCUCACGAAGUAGCCCACCACCAGCGCAGAAGGCGGCGCAGAUCCCUGACCCCGGAUGCAGGCUCGUCGAACCCAGACAGCAGCAGCAGCAGCAGCAGCAGUGAAACCAUCCACUUCCAGCUGAGUGGCUUGGGGCAGGACUUCCACAUGGAGCUGACGGAGGCCUCGCAGAGCCUGAUCGCACCUGGCUUCACCAUCCAGGUCCUGGGAAAGAACGGCACCAAGAGCCUGAAGCCCUACCACCAGGACGACCUCUGCUUUUACCAGGGGUCGCUGAGGUCGAGGGUCAACUCCUCGGUGGCACUGUCCACGUGCGUGGGGAUGUCAGGUUUGAUCAGGACACAGGAUGGAGACUUCUUCCUGAGACCCGUGUCCCGCCGCCUCGCUCAGAGUGAGAACUUCACGGCGCCCUCCACUCACCAGCCGCACAUCCUCUACAAGAGUGAGAGGGACCACCGGACGGAGCAGAGGGGCCGCGAGCCCCGGGCGCUUCAGAAGAGGUCCACAGACUCAACUCGUCACAAAUCACGCAGACACGCGCAGACGGAGCAGCACGUCAGCCAACGCCACGAUAAUGACUACAGAUACGGGGAGAGGCAGAGGCAGCACUUCUGCGGGAGACGGAAGAAAUACAUGCCCAAACCUCCAGAAGAGGAUGUCUUCAUCCUCCCAGAUGAGUACAAGUUCCUCCCCAGGAACAAACGAGCCGUGCUAAUGAAGAACCAGGGCAACCAGAGGCUCAACGUGGAGAUGCUGGUGGUGGUGGACAGGCAGAUGAUGGACAACCAUGGCCACGAGAACAUCACCACAUAUGUUCUGACAGUGCUUAACAUGGUCUCCAGUCUCUUCAAAGACGGUACGAUAGGAGGGAACAUCAACAUAGUGAUAGUGGGCCUUGUGCUCCUGGAUGAAGAGCAGGAUGGCUUGGUGAUCAACCACCAUGCAGACCACACACUGAACAGCUUCUGCCACUGGCAGUCUACCCUGGGAGGCAGGGAGGGCCGACACCACGACCACGCCAUCCUCCUCACAGGACUCGACAUCUGCUCCUGGAAGAAUGAACCCUGUGACACUCUUGGUUUCGCUCCGAUCAGCGGGAUGUGCAGCAAGUACAGAAGCUGCACCAUCAAUGAGGACACGGGCCUGGGCCUGGCAUUCACCAUCGCCCAUGAAUCUGGACACAAUUUUGGAAUGGUCCACGAUGGUGAAGGGAACGUUUGUAAGAAGUCGGAGGGCAACAUCAUGUCUCCCACAUUAGCUGGUCACAAUGGUAUUUUCUCCUGGUCCGCCUGCAGCCGCCAGUACCUCAGCCGCUUCCUCAAUUCUGCCCAGGCUCUGUGCCUAUCAGAUGAACCCAGGGCAGUCAAGGAGUACCGGUACCCAGAGAAGCUGCCUGGCGAGCUGUACGACGCAGACACGCAGUGUAAAUGGCAAUUUGGGGAGAAGGCGAAACUCUGCACCCUCGACUUCAAGAAGGAUAUCUGCAAGGCUCUGUGGUGCCACCGUGUUGGGAGGAAGUGCGAGACCAAGUUCAUGCCAGCUGCUGAGGGCUCUGCCUGCGGCCCCGAUAUGUGGUGUCGUCGGGGCCAGUGUGUUAAACAGGGUGACGAGGGCCCGAGGCCCCAGCAUGGCCAGUGGUCAGAGUGGUCGUCCUGGUCCGCAUGCUCGCGAAGCUGUGAGAGCGGAGUCACCUAUCGAGAGAGGCAAUGCAACAACCCCAGACCUUCAUAUGGAGGAAAAUUCUGCGAGGGCUCAUCUAGGUCAUACAAACUUUGCAACACUGAGGACUGUCCCCUGAACACCGUUGACUACAGAGCGCAGCAGUGCGCAGAGUUCAACAGCAAACAGUUCAGAGGAUGGUACUACACCUGGAGGCCGUACACCCGAGUGGAUGAUCAAGAUGUCUGUAAGCUGUACUGCUUUGCUGAGGGCUAUGAUUUCUUCUUCGCCCUGGCCAGCAAAGUUAAGGAUGGGACGCUCUGCUCACAGGACAGUUCUAAUGUCUGUAUUGACGGACUGUGUGAGAAAGUGGGCUGUGACCGUGUUUUGGGCUCCAAAGCUGUGCCUGAUGCAUGCGGGGUGUGUAAAGGAGACAACUCCACCUGCAAGAUCUACAAAGGACAGUACACCAAGCAGCAUUAUACUAACCAGUACUACGGGGUGGUCACCAUCCCAGCAGGUGCUCGGAGUAUCCGUGUGGUGGAGUUGAAUACAUCCAGCUCCUACCUCGCCAUCAGGGACACCCAGAGACGCUACUACCUGAACGGACACUGGACGGUGGACUGGCCAGGCAGGCAUCCUAUCGCUGGAGCCAUUUUCGAGUACAAGAGACCAUACAACAGACCAGAAAGCCUCAUAUCAACUGGCCCAACCAAUGAAACACUCAUCAUAGAGAUAUUGUUGCAGGGCUGGAACCCAGGUGUACGCUGGGAAUACACUCUGAGGAAAUCUGAUGAGAAGAGGAAUCACAUCAAACACAACUAUACGUGGGCAAUCAUACGCUCCCAGUGCUCAGCAACAUGUGCCGGAGGCCAGAUGAACACCAAGUCAGCAUGCUACAAAGACUUGAGGGUGCAGGUGAAUACAUCCUACUGUAAUCCCAGAUCAAGACCAGCUACUGGAGUGAUGCCCUGCAACACCCAACCAUGUCCUGCCAGCUGGUCUGUAGGAGAGUGGGGGGUGUGCAGCCGGAGCUGUGGAGGAGGGGAGCAGACGCGGCAGGUCCAGUGCGUCCAGAGAACCAGCCAGACCAACGCAGACGCCCUGGCUGACUCUCGCUGCGCCCAGCCCACCCCGACCAGGAGGCAGGCCUGCAGCUCACACAGCUGUCCGCCGGUCUGGACCGCUGGGCCGUGGUCACAGUGUUCUCGAAAGUGUGGCAACGGCUUGAGGAAGAGGACAGUGCUGUGCACGAGCACCAGCCCAGGUGCCCAGACACACACUCUGACAGACAGUGUGUGUGCGGGCCUGCCGAAACCCGCCAGUCAAGAAUCCUGUUUCAUCAAACGCUGCCAGAAACAACGCAAAGUCCAGUGGUUUGUCUCCACGUGGCAAGAGUGUUCAGUCACGUGCGGCCGUGGCUCUCAGGCGCGCUUCAUCAAGUGUGCAGAGAAGGACACUGCAGGAAAAUACAGAGAGCUCGCUGCCAAGAAGUGCCACCAUGUCCCCAAGCCCACGGUCGAGCUCCAGAGGCCCUGCACCGUGGCUGAGUGCCCCAUCCGCACCACCCCCCCACUCCACCGAUGGAGCACGUACCAUCGGACCUACCCGCCUCAACCCCUCCCCCAGCCUCCACCUCGAGCAGAAUGGCACUCUUCCCCUUGGUCUCAGUGCACGGUGACAUGUGGAGGAGGAGUGCAGGCCAGAACGGUCCAGUGUUUGGUCCAAGGGAAGCCCUCUCCUGGUUGUGCCCACCAUCUGAAACCCUCAAUGUCCCAGGCCUGCAACACCAACUUCUGCCCUCAACCUGAGAAGAAAGACCUCGCUUGUAGGGAUUACUUCAACUGGUGUUAUCUGGUGCCCCAGCAUGGAGUCUGCAACCACAAGUUCUACGGCAAGCAGUGCUGCCAGUCCUGUUCAAAUUCAAACCUAUAAUCACACGGAGCAACUCUGUCUGUGUCACAGGCAGAUAGGUAGUUAGACAGACAAAAAAAAAAACAUAUUUGACGUCCAUGCUCGAAAAAAAGACUGUUUUUUGCUUGAAGCGUGUGGCGAGCACUGAAAAACAAAUGACAUUUCAAUGGAAGUGCGAGAGAGUUGCUGUGUCCUUUCUUCUCCCUGCGAUGCCGGACAUCUGGAUACAAGAACUUGAUGCUGACAGCACUACACAGGAAUGUGAUCAGGACAGUACAAAUAAAGGAGAGAGUUAUGAGGAGGAACUAGCGAAAUGGGAAUCUUGAUUAAAGCGAAUAGGACUGACAUGUCCAACAGAAACUGAAAACCUGAAAUGUCCCAGCUUUGUUUAUAUACUGUAUGUAACUGAACAGAUCCGUACCCAGGACAUCCGACCUCUCCAGUCAACCAAAGGCCAUUGACGGCUGGCCAACAGAGAAAAAAAAAAAAAAAAAACGGUUGACGAGGUUUCAGGCACUGCCACGCAACAACAUUUGUUACGCCCUGGUCUGCACUGCAAUUCUUGAUCAAUUGGAAAUCUUGGGUCUGAUUAUGAAAAGGGAUGUUUCAAAGAAACGCAUAAUUAUGCUCUAAGGCUUGAUAAGAAACAGGCUGGGAAUAAUCAAAGAGGGCUUCCUCGAUAGCUGGACAAUAGCAGGAAGCUUUGCGCUGUCAUGUGUGAGAAAAAAGGAGAGAGAAAAACAUCAUAUGAAAGAACUAUUCUGAGGCUGUGUAAACUGACCUUCAUACUCAGUGGUGCUACAACGUUGUCUUCUGUCACCAAAUCAAUGUGAAAUCCUCAAGUUUCAGGAAGGAACAAAUGAAUUGUGUGACCCAUGUACAGUAUUUGUUUUGUUUUAUUUAUUGGCUUUACAAUACAGCGUUGCUGGAAGACUGUAUUACGAGCAGCAUAAAUGUGUUCUUUUAUUACUCUACCCAAAGCCCAUUACCCUUAUAUUUUGUAUUAUGUUUCAUAAGAUUUCACGCUGACGGAAUGCACCUUUUUUAUUCUGAACAUUUAUUUUAUUUUUGAAGAAGAAAAAAAGAGUUGUGAUGUCAAAAGCCAGAUUCAGCGAUGUCAACCGUGACUGAAACAAAAAGGUUUGAAGAAACGCUACUCCAUUUUUUUCCAUGACAUUGUCCAACAUGAUUACACAAGUCAUGUAACUGCAUGCAUUGAUAUGGCGUAAAAAAAAUAAUGUGUUCCAUAUUGGUUAUGGUUUAAAAGCAAUGACAGAUGAUGGCUAAUGCUUUUUCAACGUGAUUUUUACAUUGUAAAUGAAAAAACAAUAAACAAACGUGUGUCAUGUCAGCA